AUUAGCUGGAUGGUUUCUUUGAGUGAAGCAGAAGUUCAAAAUUUGAAGGUAGAGUAUGAAAGAAAGCAGAUGUAUGCAGAUAGAUUAAUUACUGUAAUUAUAUCUUCUAUUCAUAUUUUAGUAAAUCUAAGCUGCUUUAGCUUAACAAGCUAAAUCUAAGAUUAUCUUAUUAGAAUCACAAGAGGCACUAGAUUAAGCUUAAGCUAAUUUAGAAUCUAAAUGAGGUGAUUAUAAAUAAGCAAAAGCUAAGAGAGAUGAAGAAAAUGCCAUAAUUGAGCAAGUUAAAUAUAUUUUCAAGAAAUAAGUGGCAUCAUUGUUAAGAAG